AUGCAUGCUAAGGGAAGUGGCACCGACACGAGUGUCGAAGAGCAAGUCCAGCUGCGACGAGUGUUUCGAUUGCUAGCGUUCGACACUUCGCUCCAGCGGCUAAACCACAAGCUUGAGCGCCAAUCGUCGCGACGUCGAUAUUCGCUGAUGGAGCACGAUACAAAACGUGACCACUACAUGAAAGAGAAGCUCAAGUAUCUCGGAACGCUGCAGGAUGAAGUCAACCUGGGCCGUGAACUAGUGACUUCAAAGUACCAGAUCGAUUCGAAGGCGUUGGUGACAAUCUACGAACAGCUCGGUUACCCCAUAUCCGGCCAGGAGAAGAGCCGAAUCGAAGAAGUGAUCUGGCAGGUGAACGACGAUCUGGACGGCGCCAUCAGCUUCGAAGAGUUCGUGAACAGCUACGUGAGGUCACGCAACGAUCGGUCAGGGCUCGAGCCGUCCGAGAUCUUCUUCCUCACGUGCUUCCUCAUGUUCGACAAGGACUGCUGCGGCAGGAUCUCCUUGGACGAUGCGAUGGGAAUUUUAUACCUCAAGUACGGCGAGACCAUGGAGCGCGAGAUGGAGAUCCACUUUGGCAAGCUGCUGGACGAAGGCGCCCACUUCGUCACCUUCACGGAGUUCCACGAGGCCACCAGCAAGCGUCUGGGCGAGCUUAUCGACCAGCAAGCGCCCUUCGCUCGGCAGAACAAGUUCUGCAAGAAGCUCUGA